ACGCCGUCGCCUCCCGCCGUCGCCUUCCCAAGCCCCACCGUAGGCACCCCAUUGGCGACUCCCGUACGUCCGGAGAUUUAUUCCGAGUCUCGGGGGCACAAUUUUACAUUAAAUGCCACAUUUGCUGAAAUCGAAUUCAGUGACUAUGAUGGCCUAGUCAUGCCAGGAGGACGAGCUCCGGAGUAUCUUGCGAUGGAUCAAUCUGUUGUAGACUUCGUCAGCAAAUUUUCUCAUGCUGGAAAGCCGAUUACCACUAUUUGUCAUAGCCAAUUGAUUUUGGCUGCUACAAAUAUUGUUAAAGGUUGCAAGUGCACAGCAUAUCCUACUGUGGGACCUGUACUGAUUGCUGCAGGUGCUCACUGGGUUGAACCUGAGAGCCUGUCACACUGUAUUACUGAUGGCAAUCUUGUGACUGGGGUUGCAUACCCUGGACAUCCUGAGUUCAUCCAGUCUUUUGUGAAGGCUUUGGGCAGCAGCAUUACUGGGUCGGAAAAACGGAUCUUAUUUUUAUGUGGGGACUACAUGGAAGAUUAUGAGGUAUACGUACCUUUUCAGUCUCUUCAAGCUCUAGGGUGCCAUGUUGAUGCAGUCUGCCCCAAGAAGAAGAGUGGUGACACUUGCCCAACUGCAAUUCAUGAUUUUGAAGGUGACCAGACUUACAACGAGAAACCUGGCCAUGAUUUUACUCUUACAGCUGACUUUGAGGGUUUGGAUGCCUCAAGUUAUGAUGCCCUUGUCAUCCCUGGAGGUCGUGCCCCAGAAUAUUUGGCCUUGGAUGGGAAAGUGAUUGCUCUAGUUAAGGAUUUCAUGGAGGCCAAGAAGCCAGUUGCCUCCAUUUGCCAUGGGCAGCAGAUUUUGGCUGCUGCUGGUGUUCUCAAGGGGAAGAAAUGUACAGCAUAUCCUGCUGUGAAGCUCGACAUGGUACUAGCCGGCGCCACAUGGUUAGAACCUGAUCCAAUCGAUCGCUGCUUCACCGAUGGAAACUUGGUCACAGGAGCGGCUUGGCCUGGUCACCCAGAGUUCAUUUUUCAGUUAAUGGCACUACUGGGUAUAAAGUCUGAGGAACGAAUGAGGAAAGAGAUGGAAAGAUUUGAUCAUGAAAGAAGGAAGGAAGAAGAAAGGUUGAUGCGUGAACAGCAGAGAGAGGAGGAGAGAUUGCUACGUGAGCAAAGGCGAGAAUCAGAGCGACAGGAGUAGUAUUUGCAGAAAGAAUCUAAGGCGGAGAAAAAGAGA